GACAUGGAAUAGUAGGGGCAAUCUCGUCAUUAAAGAAUUUCAAAAAAGUCCUGUCCUAUGUGUACUCUCUCUGUAGUUCUGUUUAACGUUCCCAAAACUGCCAUGAAAACGAAAAACUCGCGUUCCAAAAAAAAAAAAAAACCUACGUUCAUUCAUCCACCCCCAAAUUCCACUUCUCUGCUGUGCCCUAAUUUCACCUCGUUCAUUCUUCAAUCACAUCUGAUUCAUCUAUGGGGGAGAUGAAUUAGGGACAUUUUUUUUGUUCUGCUUCCGGUAAUAUCUGGUUGGUUUAAGGAAGAUCUGUGACAUCUCACGUGUUUUGAACUCGAGGGGAUCGAUUGAUGCUGAUCAACUGAUCAAGUUGUUUUGCUCAAGGCAGCGAUAACAAAUAAAUCGAGGGGUGGGGGAAUAAUGACCCCGACUCCAUCUAUUUCAUCCUUCGGAGGUUAUACGCAACAAGCUUGAGAAAAUUUCAACCAACACUGAACCUAUUCACUAAAGUAGGUGAUUGAUAAGUAAUCAUCCCAUAAGAAUAUGGCUAGUGUUCAGGAUAUAUGCACAUCAGCUGCUAUCAAUCUUUUAUCAGCAUUGGCAUUUCUUCUGGCUUUUGCAUUCCUAAGACUCCAGCCUAUUAACGACAGAGUGUACUUUCCGAAAUGGUACAAAAAGGGUAUACGAGCAAGCCCGAAGAGUUCCGGGGCUUUGAUGAAGAAGUUCGUUAAUUUAGACUGCAGAACCUAUUUGAAGUUUUGGACAUGGAUGCCUGCAGCAUUAAGAAUGCCAGAGCCCGAACUGAUAGAUCAUGCAGGGCUUGAUUCCGCCGUGUAUGUAAGAAUUUACCUCCUCGGAUUAAAAAUCUUUGUCCCUAUUGCUAUGCUUGCUUUUGCGGUACUGGUGCCUGUCAAUUGGACGGGGAAUACGCUGGACAAUGUCAAAGAUUUGACGUUCAGCGAUAUAGACAAGCUUUCUAUAUCCAAUGUUGCACCAGGGUCUAUAAGGUUCGUGACACACAUAAUAAUGGCAUAUGUAGUCACAUUCUGGACAUGCUAUAUCCUUUACAAAGAAUACCAGAUCGUCACUAACAAGAGGUUGCAAUUCUUAGCGUCCGAAAAUCGCCGUCCAGAUCAAUUCAGUGUCCUUGUGAGAAAUGUUCCUCCAGAUCCUGAUGAAUCAGUUAGCGAGCAUGUGGAGCAUUUCUUUUGCGUAAACCAUCCUGAUACUUAUCUCACGCAUCAGGUCGUAUAUAAUGCAAACAAACUCGCCAGUUUGGUGGAGAAUAAGAAGAGUUUACACAAUUGGAGAACUUAUUAUCAAACACGAUACGAGAGAAACCCGAAAAUGAGGCCUACAACUAAGACAGGUUUAUGGGGACUUUGGGGAAAGACCGUGGAUGCCAUUGAUUACUACACAGAUGAGAUCGAGAAGAUAAUUCAAGAAGAAUCUGUAGAAAGGGAGAAGGUCAUGAGUGACCCAAAGGCCAUAGUUCCUGCAGCAUUUGUUUCGUUUAAAUCCAGAUGGGGAGCGGCCGUUUGUGCUCAAACUCAACAAUCGAGCAAUCCAACUAUUUGGCUGACAGAGUGGGCCCCUGAACCACGUGAUGUUUACUGGGACAAUCUCGCAAUACCGUAUGUCGAGCUCGCUGUGAAGAGGCUGCUGAUGGCUGUUGCUAUGUUCUUCCUCACAUUCUUCUUCAUGAUCCCUAUAGCCUUUGUACAAUCCUUGGCAAGCAUUGAUGGCAUCGUAAAGGUUUUCCCCUUCCUCAAAGCAUUGAUUCAAAAGGAAAAAGUGAAGUCUGUUGUUCAAGGUUUUCUUCCCGGAAUUGUACUGAAAAUAUUCCUAUUGCUUCUUCCAUCAAUUCUUAUGACAAUGUCCAAAAUAGAAGGUCUCACGUCUCUUUCGUCUCUGGAUAGAAGAUCAGCCGGAAAGUAUCAUUUCUUUUUACUUGUGAAUGUCUUCUUCGGAAGUCUCAUCACAGGAGCAGCAUUCCAACAGCUCAAAACGUUUCUUAACCAGUCCCCAUCAGAGAUCCCAAUAACUGUCGGUGUUGCCAUUCCGAUGAAAGCCACCUUUUUUAUUACAUAUAUUAUGGUUGAUGGUUGGGCUGGGAUAGCUGCAGAGAUUCUCCGAUUGGUUCCUUUAAUAAUGUUCCAUUUAAAGAACACAUUCUUAGUCAAGACAGAACAGGACAGGGAACAGGCAAUGGAUGCCGGUUGUAUAAAUUUCCCAUCAUCAGAACCUCGUAUACAGCUAUACUUCUUACUCGGACUCGUAUACUCAGUGGUCACACCGUUAAUCCUACCUUUCAUAAUCGUCUUCUUCGCCUUUUCCUAUGUCGUUUUUCGCCACCAGAUCAUCAAUGUAUACGAUCAGAAAUACGAGAGCGGAGCAGCAUUUUGGCCGGCGGUGCAUCGCCGUGUAAUUAUAGGUUUAGUGAUUUCACAAUUUCUGCUUCUGGGAUUGCUGAGCACUAAAAGGAUAGCCAAAGCAACUCCAUUCUUAAUUGCACUACCCGUCUUAACCAUCUGGUUUCAUCGAUUUUGCAAGGGGCGAUUCGAGUCAGCUUUCGUUAAGUUCCCACUACAGGACACAAUGGUAAAGGACACGUUGGAGAGGGCCACAGAGCCGAAUCUGAACUUGAAAGCUUAUUUACAGGAUUCUUAUUUGCAUCCAGUUUUUAAGUCUUUCGAUAUUGAAAGAUUAGGGGUAGCGGUUGACGAGGAGGAGAAUAAUCCAUUGGUUUCGACAAAGAGAAGCUCACGCAGGAGUAGUAGUAAAACUGCUUCUGGUGGCAUUACUCCUCAGAUUGUGUUAGAAUGAGCAAAUUAACUGUC